AGACAAAUCGAAUUUUGCCUCAUCAACUCAAACUCAUCAGCAUUUUUCAUUGAAGAUGUUUUCCAUUCGUCAACGUAUUCACUCUCAAGUCCGUUCAACUUACAAUCGAUCUUUCUCCAGUCUAUCAGUCAUAAGGUCAAAUCCUCCAUUCUUGCGACCAUCGCCACCUUCCCUACCUCCAAAGGAACAAGCAGAAUUCGAAAGACUGUUAAAGCAACAACAAGCCCCAUUCUCAUCACCUACUCAAGAUACUGCUACUGAGCUACACCCUGAUCUACGAGCUAAACCACCACCUGAAUUCGAAGGCGAUGUCAACCCACAAACCGGUGAAGUGGGCGGUCCUAAACGAGAUCCUUUAAAAUGGGAACGUGAAUGGGCUUAUGGUGGUCGAGCUACCGAUUUCUAAGACGAGGCUAUUCACAACUGUUGUUCACAGUUAACAUGUCCAUCAUCCAUGUAUCAACAUAACUUCAUCUCUUCUCAUCACUGCUCGUCUCAUUUGAAUUUGUACCACAGAACAUAUCUUUCUCUCAUCUCGUUUUGUCUCUGUCACGAUGUGUCAAUCCAUCGGAUUCAGCUCAUGUUCGGAUGGAAUACAACCAUAUUUGUCAGGUC